UCAGACAUGAGCUCUUGUAAACGUGAACAUUCUCUCUCAGAGGAAGAAGAUUCAGAAGACAACUCUCCAGUAAGUGACUCAGAUCAUGAGUCUGUACCUGAUAACUGUAACUCCAACUCUGACAAAGACUCUUCAGAGAGUAUCGAUGGUAAAGACGAAUCAUCAGUUCAAGAUUCUGAUAAAACUCAAUGUAAGACCGAAUCAACAGAGACAAUGACUGUGUCUGUAGGAGCAAACCCUGAUGAGUCGAUGAACAUAAAGAUAGAGCAAACUAUCAGUGGCCAUGGAGAAGUUGCUAACAAAACCGUUGAUGGUAAUUCACAUGUGAAACCUAUUAAAGAACUUAAGAGAAAUCUCAGAGCUUUGAUGAAACUUCAUUCUACUAAUUCUGGAGACUUUGCUACUGGUGGCUUACUUUCUGACGUGGAAUUACCUGUUAUUCCUUUGAUUGAUGUGAAAGACUAUGGGCUUUUACCAUUCCCACUAAAUGACACAACAUUUAAUUGUGUGAAGCCGCUUUGCAAACAGUCCCCCUAUGGAAUGGGUGAAGAGACAUUAGUUGAUACUUCAGUGAGAAAUAGUUUCCAGUUAGAGCCAGACCAGUUUGAGAUAAAAAAUCAUGAAUUUGUCAAACAGGUCAGUGUUCUUAUCCAGAAGAAGAUAAAGUCGGCUUUAGGUCUAGCUGGUGCGACAAUAUACGGGAAGAUCUACAAACUCCUUAUUUAUGAAAAAGGAGGCAAGUUUGCUGAACAUAAAGACACUGAAAAAGAAGAUAACAUGUUUGGAACAUUACUUGUGCAACUCCCCUCAGUUUUUACUGGAGGUGACCUAGUCGUGAACCACCUGAAGUCAUCCAAAGUCUUCAACAACAGUUCCACUGGUAGUAGCACUCACUGCAAGUUUGUCGCUCAUUACGCAAGUUGUCCACAUGAGCUGAAAGAAGUUACCUCAGGUUAUCGUGCUGUGCUAGUUUACUCACUUUGUUGGGAAGGUAAUGGAAUGAAACCUUCACCUUACACUGCUUCAACUAAUGCUGUGAGACUGUGUAAUACUCUGAAUCUACUGAUGGAUUCUCCUAAAAUACCCUUUCUCUGCUGGGGUUUAGAGUAUGAGUAUUCUGAUGCGAGUUUGAAAGAAAACUCAUUAGAAUUCUUCAAAGGGAAGGACAGCAAUAUAGUUGCUGGACUCAAAAAUGCUUUAGAUUAUGAUAGGCAGAUAUCGGGAAAAGAUAAGUGGGAAAUGUGUGUUGCCACUGCAAAUAAGAAAAUUAGUGAAUAUGGUGACUGUGGUGACGGUUAUGAUAGAUGGGGUGGGGGUGGUUGCUGCGGUGAUAAUGAUUGCGAUAUGGAAGAAAAUGAGAGGUCAUAUGACAUAGACGAUUUCGUUUCUCUGACUACAAAUUCAGACUGCAAAAAUCUAAGCUUUCACAUCAAUCCUCGAAAAGAUAUAACAAAUUUCCCGAAGCGUAAAAUAUUAGCUGGAAAGGUCAAAAGAAUGAAAGAAAAUGAUUCGGAAGAAGAAUUUUGGGGAACGGAUGAUGUGGGUGAAGGUUGCUCUGGCCCAAGUGGAAACGAAGGAUCAACUAGGGAAAGGUGGUAUCAGAAAAAAGUUCUGUUGAUGUGGAGAACUGACUGUUCUCUCGCUAUUAGGUGUCGGUCAAGCAUAGCCGACGGUGUUUCUCAUGUUCUCAGCAUUUUAGAAGGAGGAAAGAUGGAGGAGGGUGAGAAAGGUUUCCAGUAUCUUUGGGCUAAUAAUAUAGUUAAAAUUGAAUCAUCUGAAAAAAUGCUCCUUGAGAUUCUCAGAAUGUGUCACAUACUAAAACGUAAGGAAGAAUCUAGAACCCUAUUGAAAAUGUUGAAAAAGUUCGGCAUUACUGAGAAAGCGGGAGAAGUUAUUACUGAGACAGCCAAACUUUUCCCCGAUGAAUCGUUUGUUAUUGACAUCAAAGAAAUUAUAAAAAGCACUAAACAGUCCAAGAUCCCUGAUUUAUUGAAUUUCUGUAAAGGGUUGUCUUCCAUCGAGCCAAAAGUGCUGUUACAAAUUAUCGUCAAUGAUAUUUUGAAAAACACUGGUACUGCCAACCAGUACGAUCAUCAUUUUUACCGAAAGAGAUGGGGUUCAAAUAGUCCUUCAUCUCCUGUUACAACGACCAUUCUUGAGUACAUGUUUGUUGAGAAUUUAUGUCAUCAAUCUCUAGAAUUAGAUAAACUGAUCUCCAAAAUAGUGACCUUGAAAGAUCUUGUUCCAGCUGUAAUCUUGGCCAUUGAGCACCAGAAUGUAAACGUUCUUGAUUUGAUACUUAUGCGAUUUGUUGAACUUGCCUCUCAAGUGGUGAAACAAAGAGCAUCCGAGGAUGAUACUGCAAUUGCUGAAAUCUACAAAGCUAUAGUUUCUGGUCCUCAAAAAUACGAAAAGUUUGCUGAAUCUGUUUCCACUGUUGUCAAUAUCAUAUCAUCUUUGCCAGAGAACCAGCAACAAAAGCUAAAUGAACCAUUCGUGAAAGAAAUCCUAGUUCAGUACGAUUCGAACAAAGAAAACGUCCCGGAUUGUUUACGAGGAAUAUUUCUACCUCGAAUUAAAUUCUUAGAAGAAGCUGUAAGAAAAGGUGAACCCAAGUUUACUUGGCUUGGGCCAGAAGCUGUUAUUGCUCGCCACUCUAGUGUUGUGGAAUUUCUUAACGAACCCAAUAAGUCAAUGUAUUUUGGACGAAAUACCUUUAAAGGUAUUUCUGAUGCCAGGCGCUGGGCUAAGGACCAUGAUAAAGGCAAAGGUUGCUACCUGACAUUAACUCCACAUGGAGCUGGAAGAAAUGCUGUUGUUGUAAUCACUAAAACUGCUGAAGGAUUUGAUAAACAGGUGGCGCUCGCAUUCUACAAAACAUGUGUUAAAGAAUAUUUGACUCUAUUAAAGUUUACUCCAAAUAGGGAAAAUGUAAUCCCAAAGGAAAGUGGACCAAAACAAUCUGUCAGUCAACAAAUCCCUGCAGGUAAAGAAAAUCAGAUGCGACAGAACACACAUCCUACUUCCAAUAAUCAGGUAGCUAAAGGAAGUUUAGUUACUCAGAAUAGCACUCCAAGACGUAAUCUUGGUCAAGAGGCAAAGGUUAUGGCUUAUGAUGUUAUUACAAUCGAUUAGACAGUUUGUUAAAGUGGGCUUUUAAAUAAACUUUGUUAAUGUACAUUUUACAUCAAUGUAUUUUAAUUAAAAUUAAUAUUAAUCUAGUACUUUAUUUUAUUUCAUAAUCAACUGCUGAAUGUGACCUAGUCAAUUACUUUCAAUGCUAUGUAAUGUUACUUAACUAUUGAUCAAUGAAUUAUGAUCAAAAUAAUGGAACACAUUUUCCUAAUCCUAGAUUAUUGAUUUUUACUAAUUUACAUUUUACAUAAUUUAUUUAUGUUAAAGCUCGUUGCUAUCACCAAGAACCAAGAAUCUUCUUGUGGGUAUCGUUGAAUUACUUUAAUUAUUGCACAGAGUAAUGAAUUGUUUUUAACCUUUUAAUAAUAGAAUACAGCCACACAGUUGUCAAAUAUACUAAAUUUCGGGCAUAAAUAGUGUCUUAUUAGAAUUGUCUUUUGGUAUAGUUCCAACAAGAUACAAAUGUUUUUAAUCAUUUUGUUAGUUUUUUAUACUGCCAGUAUUUUCAACGAGUUUGUACUGGUUUUUAAUCGUCGAUAUUUUGUUAAAAUUUCACUUUUAUCAAUUUAUAUUAUUUAAAAAGUUUUGCAUCAC